CUGCUUUCUGCAAUGACAUCUAUAAAAGACUGUCUUUGUAUAAACUCAUAAAAAAUACUCAUUUGGGUCUUCUACAGAACCCUGAAAAAACCUUCUCAUUUCCAUGGCUGAAGAGGCUCCUAAAACCCUCUUCUUCUUCUUCCUUCAUCUCUUCGCUAUCUGUUGUUCAGGAUCUAUGGUAGGCUUUUCAUACGAUGCAAGGAAAAACUAUGCAUUCUCAUCACCUGCCGAAACUCUCUCUUUCCUGAUGAAAAAUGGGGUCCCAAGCUCUCAGAUCAGGGUCUUUGUUGUAGACCACAGGCCAUUUGAUUCGCUCUCUAACACUGGUGUAUCUGUUGAUCUCUGUGUGAACAAAACCAACAUUGAGAUCCUGCAAAAAUCAAAAGCUUCAGCUGUUUCAUGGGUUAGAACCCGCAUCGUGACCUUUCUACCACAUGUAAAAAUCACUAGCAUUUUAGUUAGUAGUAGGGAAUUGCUAGUGAAGAAUGAGAUUCAUUUGCUCCCACCCAUCUUGAAUUUGAUCCGUUCGGCCCUCAAAAGCUUCGACCUUGAUCGCCAGGUGAAAGUCUCGGCUGCGUUCCCGCUGUCCAUGAUAGAGAAUUCAGACAAAAAUAGCAGAAAAGAGCUGAUGAGGGUCAUGGAUUUUGUUAGGAAGUAUCAAUCUUUUAUUGUUGUAGAGACUAGUAUCAAUGGAGAAUUGAGCUUGGGAGAUCAAUUCAUUAAAUUGACAGUAGAAAAAGCUGUGUCUGUGGCUCUUCUUCCUUGUACAGAUAUUCCCAUGGUUUUGAAUGUUCGGAGCUCUGCAGUUCCUAGUGCAGUUGAAGUAUCUGAAUUCUCUGUGAAAAUGGCAAAAUCCAUGGAAACCCAUGCUCAGAUAAUCAAUAGGAUAUGUGGGUUAUUCGUGGAGAUUACUCCAAUGGGAGAAUCUGUGCAGAGAGAGCUCAACAGAGAAGAAGAACAGAUCUUCCCUUCUUCCCACAGAGAGCUGAUGAAUGGUAACAAUUUCAAUUUGGCAUUCAAAACCACUGUCCAUGAUACAACAUUCACACCUACAACCCCCAUAAGCAAUCCUGAGACGACACCUGUCACCGUCCCCUCUACGAACCCCACCCCAACGAUCGUCACCGUCCCCUCCACCAAUCCCAUCACCGUCCUGCCGACGAACCCCGUAUCUAGUCCUGUUUCAACACCGAUCACGGUCCCAGUAUCAACACCCAUCACAGUUCCCUCCACCAUUCCUGUCCCACCGCCACCAGCAGCACCAAUAACCAAUCCAGUCAUAACACCCAUCACAGUCCCCGUGACACCGCCCAUAACCAAUCCUGUAACAACCUAUCCAAUUCCUCCACCUGGCAGCACUCCCAUUACCACUCCCAUUACAACCCCGCCAAUGCCUCCGGCGACGACAAACCCCCCCACGGUUUCAGGGCAGAGCUGGUGCAUGGCGAAGACAGGCGCAUUGGACAGUUCACUUCAGGCAGCACUGGAUUAUGCAUGUGGGAUCGGCGGCGCUGACUGCUCAGCAAUCCAACAGACUGGGAACUGCUACAAUCCAAACACCCUUCAUGAUCAUGCUUCCUAUGCGUUUAACAGCUACUACCAGAAGAAUCCAUCGGCGACAAGCUGCGAUUUCGGAGGAACUGCUACAGUUGUCAACACUAAUCCAAGUACUGGAUCUUGCAUCUACCCUACCUCAAGCUCUAGUGCUUCUUCAUCAACAUCACCCACGUCCACAUCCACAUCACCCCCAUCCACAUCCUCAUCAUCGUCAUCAUCCGUACUGAACACAAACAAUGCCAGCUCAACCAACGUUUUCGGGCCUCAACCUCAAGUUGAUCCGAACCACUCAGCACCUGUCACCGCCAAUCUCCAUAUGAUGUUUGCCUUGGCAUCACUGACGUCAUCCUUCAUUACAGGCAAGCUUCUCCUGAUACAUGGGUAAAUUUUUUUACUUGAGUUGGAAUCACUCUUAUCUGAAACUAGGGCAGACUAGGGCAGGCAGGAGCAGUGUACACUUGUAUGUAUUUGUAGAAGAGAAGCUGCUAUUGUAUGGUCCAGAUACAGUUCUACUAACUUGUUCUACCGAAAUCGCCCCCUAUGGGAGCAGCAGCUGUGUCUGCAAAUGAGAUCUUAGAUUAGAUCAUUUGAUUUCCAAAGUUCUCACUGUUACAAUAUAUAACAAAAGACUUGCUUCUUUAGUCAAA